AUGGACUGGGCGGCUCCUAACCUCCCCCAACCGAAUCCCAACACAUCCCACCUCUCAUCGGGGCCUACCGACAAUGUCUAUCUCGACGCAAAGUUAAGGCGCGAGCUUUCUCGCAUGGAUGAUUCAGUCCCGUUUAAUCCCAAAACGCGCUAUCUGCAUCAUACCUGGGCGCAGACAUUUUUCUCUCGGCCAGAGCUCUACUUCCAGCCAUGGUCGGUGCCUGAACUACAGAAAAUCGUUACCGCGGCACGCCGUACCAGGAAGCGACUGUGUGUCACCGGCUUUGGCCAUUCUCCCUCCGAUCUGACAUGUACAUCAUCAUGGCUGAUCAAUCUCGACAAUCUCUCGCAAAUACUCGAAAGGAAUGUUGACAACACUGCUGGCCUGACCCGCUUCCAGGCCGGCAUGUCGUUGCACAACCUCAAUUUAGAGUUGGCCAAGGAUGGCUACACCCUGCCCAACCUCGGCUCCAUCGACGUGCAGUCCGUCGCGGGUGUCAUUUCGACCGGCACGCAUGGCUCGAGUCUGAAACACGGUCUGAUAUCGCAGUCCAUCACGUCGUUGACGAUCCUGCUCUCCAACUCCCAGCUCGUCACGUGUUCCGCUAGCAAGAAUGAAGACCUCUUCCGCGCCGCCCUGCUCUCCCUGGGCUCGCUGGGAAUCAUCACCGAAAUCACCCUGCAGGCUGUGCCGGACUUCAACGUUUCUUGGUCUCAAUCCCUGCACACUCUGAAGUCCGUCACCGACGACUGGUCCAAGACCCUUUGGACCGAUGCAGAAUUCACCAGGGUCUGGUGGCUGCCAUAUCUCAAGCGAGCUGUGAUUUGGCGCGGCAAGAAGAGCACCGAUGCACUGCAUUCCCCUAACACCACCUUUUAUGGCGGCAAAUUCGGCUACUACGUUUACCACAAUCUGCUGUAUCUGUCUAACACCUUUCCACGUAUCCUGCCAUGGGUGGAAUGGUUCAUCUUCGGGAUGCAAUACGGCUUCAAGCCGGGCUCGUUCGUCAUGUCCGCCGUGCAGCCCGCGCGUCAAGGCCUCCUGAUGGACUGUCUGUAUAGUCAGUUCGUGAACGAGUGGGCCCUCCCACUUUCCAAGGGACCCGAGGCGCUGGAGAGACUCGGCGCAUGGAUCAACCACGACGACGCGAGCUCCCGCAUUCCCAUCUCCAGCAAGGGCGUCUGGGUGCACUGUCCGGUCGAAGUGCGCGUCACCAACACCAGCGCCAAUAAAUCCGGUGUGCGCCCGUUUCUCGACCCGACCGACAAGGACGAGCCAACGCUGUAUCUCAACGCGACGCUGUAUCGGCCCUACGGCCGUGACCCGCCGUGUCACGAGACAUACUACCGCGCCUUCGAGUACCUGAUGCGCGACAUGGGCGGCAAGCCGCACUGGGCCAAGAACUUCGCGUACACGACCAGCGGCGAGAUCGGAGAUAUGUACGGCGCCGACAUGGCGGAUUUCCUCAAGGUAAGAGAUGAGUCGGACCCCGAGGGCAUGUUUCUCGGCGAGUGGCAUCGGCGGACGCUGCCGUUGAAUGAGAUCGGGGUCAAGGGUGGGAAAGGUGGGUUCAGUCUGAUGGAGGAGGAGGUGAAGCGCUCGAAGAAGGGGUUGGGUUGGGGCUAUGGUGACGGCUUGUUGUGGGAGGGACGACGCGUUGGUGGUGCUGAGGACGACGACGCGGAUUAUGAGGAUGAAUUGGCUGGGAAGGUGGUUGCGUUUGAUGAGGAUGACGCUGGUACGCCGAGUCCGCCGGCCACUACCACCAGCGAUGAGAGCUUCGAUUAUAUGGCGAAAGGGGAGGCGAGUGUUUAUGCUGAGCGAGGGCAGGAGUGA